AUGAAUAGCAUAAAGGACAAGCUUACGAAGGAAGUAAAAAACUUUAAAAGAACUGCGUUGCUUAGGGGAAGUCCUGCGUUCAGGAUUAGCGUAUGGUUUUCUGGAAUAACCGUUGGACUCGCCUGGAUUCUAAUCAGCGAGUACAACAACCCGAAAAGCAACAACAUAUUCAUUAAAAAAAAGGAGGCAGAUUUUUUUACCAGAGAGGAAAUAGAAAAAUGGAACAAGCCGUACUACUCCAAAGGUGAGCACAGCACAGUGGUUAUGGACUCUAACAUGACGGCAGACGAAAAGAGGAAGCACAUACUGAAGGGAAUAAAUAACACCAAAUGA